AUGAGUCCGGGCUUGCCGCUUGCUGAUCCGCACGUUGGCGGCGGCGGCGGCAGCAGCUGCGGUGUAGGAAACGGCGGCGGUCCCGCGGGUCGCGCCGCGAUUCCCGGCGCAAUUCCCGGCGUAGGAAACGGCGGUUUUGGUGCGGAAGCAGCCGCUCUGGAGCAGCACGACGGGAGUCAAGCAGCGGCUGCGGCGGCUGCUGCUGCGGCUGCUGCCGCUGCGGCGGCGGCGGCGGCUGGGGGAUGGAUGUUGCUCCCUUCAGCCGGUUCUCUUCAUAAUCACCCCGCGUUAUUAUCACCUGCUGCAGCGUCCGUGCAGCACAAUCACCUGCUCGCCUCGUUAAAGUCAAUCGCCGGAAUUCCUGGAAUCUCGCCAGUCGGCGCAUCGUCCCCUUACGCUGGUAACGCCGCGGCGUUACUUCCGUUUCUACCCCCCGGUGCUCAUCAUCCAAUCAGCAACCUCCACAUCAGCGGCGGCGCGCAAGGGUUGAAUCAUAGCGCGUUAGGUAACCCACUAUUUGCGUCGUUAGGAGGCUCUAGUGCUUCGACUGCAUCUGGACAGGCUUUAAUUCCCAUGCAAGCCCCUGUCAUGCCCACGCACCCCGGUUUCCCGAGCAACGGUUUCGUCUCGUCUCACUUCGACCCUGCUGCCGCCGCUGCCGCCGCCGCAGCCGCCGCCGCCGCCGCCGCCGCCGCAGCAGCGACAUACCCGCAGCCAGUUUCCGCGUCGCUCCCGGUCGGAGGGGCCGUUUCCGCCGCCGCCGCUAACGGCGCAGGCGGUUUGAUCCCUUCUGCCGCCAUCCCCGCGCCUGCCACCGCCGCGUCCGCCGCCGCCGCCGCCGCAGCCGCAGCCGCGGCGGCAGGACGGCUUAGUGCGGUCAAGGAUCCGUUAGGGUAUGCGGCUAUGCUUAGGUCCCGGGGGAAAGUUAACGAAGCGCUCGCUAUAUACGAGGCGAUUAUAGCGGAGAGAUUAGGUGCAGCGGUGACUAUGACGAGGGGGAAUGUAGCGGGUAGCGGCGCAGGGACAUUAGGAGGGGCCGCGGGCGCGGGGGAAGGGGGAGGGGGAGGGGGGGCGGGAGGGGGAGGGGCAGGCGGGGCCGCGGCGGCGGCAACCGCGGAGGCGCUAGUGGGGAAGGGGCAGUGCUUGCAGGCGCAGGGGAAGCUUAGCGCGGCGUUUGAGGCGUACGUGUCCGCGUUACAGCUGAAUCCGACACACGCUGUAGCGCUGACGCAGUGCGGAGUGCUGUAUAAAGAGGAAGGGCACUUGUUAGAAGCUAUCGAGGCAUACAGGAAGGCGCUAGAAGCCGAUCCAGCGUGCAAGGAGGCACAGGAGCAGCUAGCCGUGGUGCUCACAGACCUGGGCACGCGCCUCAAGCUGGGGGGGUCGGUGCAGGAGGGCAUAGCGAAAUAUUAUGAGGCCAUUGCUGCGGAUCAAAGAUACGCGCCGGCGUACUACAAUCUAGGGGUGGUGUAUUCGGAGAUGGGGCAGUACGAGGCAGCGCUGCAGUUCUACGACAAGGCAGUGGCGCUCAGGCCACUCUAUGCGGAGGCGCACUGCAACAUGGGGGUGAUUUACAAGAACUGCGGGGAUUUACACUCAGCGAUUGCAUGCUAUGAGCGGUGUCUGGCAGUAGCACCCAACUUCACCAUCGCACGCAACAACAUGGCCAUCGCGCUCACCGACCUGGGCACCAAGGUGAAGCUAGAGGGUGACAUAUCAGCGGGAGUGGCGCACUACAAGCGAGCGCUGCUGUUCAACUCACACUACGCUGAUGCCAUGUACAACCUGGGGGUGGCCUAUGGCGAGAUGCUCAAGUUCGAUAUGGCAGUGGUGAUGUACGAGCUGGCCUUGCACUUCAACCCGCAAUGUGCCGAAGCCUGCAACAACCUGGGGGUGAUAUACAAGGAUAGGGACAACCUAGACAAGGCCGUGGAGUGCUAUCAGAAGGCGCUGCGCAUCAAGCCCUCCUUCUCCCAGUCGCUCAACAACCUGGGAGUGGUUUACACCGUGCAGGGCAAGAUGGAUCUAGCACUCAACAUGAUUCAAGCCGCCAUCCUAGCCAACCCUGCGUAUGCCGAGGCGUAUAACAACCUGGGUGUGUUGCACAGGGAUGCGGGCAACAUCCCAGCAGCCAUAGAGGCGUACCAGCAGUGUCUCGCCAUAGAUCCCGACUCCAGAAAUGCCGGCCAGAACCGUCUGUUGGCAAUGAACUACAUUCACGACGGGGUGGAUGACUCACUGUUCGUUGCUCACCGGGACUGGGGCGAGCGCUUUUCACGCCUCUUUCCGCGCUUCUCCUCGUGGCCCAACUCGUGCCGCCCGGACCGGCGGCUGGUGGUGGUGGGGUACAUAUCGCCCGACUACUUCACACACUCCGUCUCCUACUUCAUAGAGGCGCCCUUGACCUACCACGAUCCCAGUGUGGUCAAAGUGGUUGUGUACUCGGCUGUAGUCAAGGUGAGUAGGCACGGGUUGGUGGUGGGGUACAUAUCGCCCGACUACUUCACGCACUCCGUCUCCUACUUCAUUGAAGCGCCUCUCACAUACCAUGACCCCAAUGUGGUGAAGGUGGUGGUCUACUCAGCCGUGGUCAAGGUGGGUCAAUGGGGGUCAAGGCCAGUCAAUAGGGGUGAACGGGACCGGAGGCUGGUGGUGGGGUACAUAUCGCCUGACUACUUCACACACUCCGUCUCCUACUUCGUAGAAGCGCCCUUGACCUACCACGAUCCCAGUGUUGUGAAAGUGGUGGUUUACUCGGCAGUAGUCAAGGCUGACGGCAAGACGAGUCGGUUCAAGGAAGCUGUCCAAAGCAAGGGCGGGGUGUGGCGGGACAUAUUCGGGGUGGACGAGAGGCGAGUGGCAGCCAUGGUGCGGGAAGAUGGGGUGGACAUUCUGGUGGAGCUCACAGGGCACACGGCCAACAACCGGCUGGGCGUGAUGGCAUGCAAGGCCGCGCCCAUCCAGGCGACUUGGAUUGGAUACCCCAACACCACUGGGCUCAAAGCGAUCGAUUAUCGCCUCACUGAUGCCCUCGCUGACCCUCCCAGCAGCCACACGGUCAACAACCGGCUGGGCGUGAUGGCGUGCAAGGCCGCGCCCAUCCAGGCCACGUGGAUUGGAUACCCCAAUACUACCGGGCUGAGGGCUAUUGACUAUCGGCUGACUGAUGCCCUCGCUGACCCUCCUACCAGCAGCCAAAGGCAUGUAGAGGAGUUGGUGCGCCUUCCAGGAUGCUUCCUGUGCUACACCCCAUCAUCUGAAGCAGGGCCGGUGUCCUCCUCACCUGCUGUGGCCAAUGGCUUUGUGACAUUUGGCAGCUUCAACAACCUCGCCAAGAUCACCCCAGCCGUCGUGCGUCUGUGGGCACGCAUCCUCCUAGCAGUGCCCGGCUCCCGUCUGAUGCUAAAGUGCAAGCCCUUCACGUGCGCGUCCAUCAGCCAGCAGCUCAUGGCGCAGCUCGAGUCGCACGGCAUCUCCCCUCUGCGCGUCGACCUGCUGCCGCUCGUGCUGCUGAAUCACGAGCACAUGCAGAGCUACGCGGUCAUGGAUAUCAGCUUGGAUUCGUUCCCCUAUGCCGGCACCACGACUACAUGCGAGUCGCUGUUCAUGGGCGUCCCAUGUGUCACCAUGGCGGGCCGGGUUCACGCUAACAACGUCGGCGUGUCCUUGCUCACAAACAUGGGCCUGCCGAAUUUGGUGGCUCGGAACGAGGACGAGUACGUGGCCAUAGCCACCCAGCUAGCCUCGGAUAUCCCGCAGCUUGCGUCGCUGCGAGCCUCCAUGCGUCCCCGCAUGCUCGCCUCUCGCCUCUGUGACGGGCCUGCCUUCACGCGAGACUUGGAGGCCACCUAUCGCUCCCUCUGGCGUCGAUACUGCCACGAGCACUCCACGCAUGCUGCUGCUGCUGCUGGUGCUGCUGCUGCCUCUGGUGCUGCUUCCGCUUCAGUUGCUGCUGCUGUGUCUGGUGCUGCUGCUGAUGCUGCUGCCAGUGGUGGUAGUACUGCUGCUGGUGGUGCUGCUGCUGCUGAUGCUGGUGAUGGGGGUUCUGCUGAUGGUGCUGGCACUGCUGCUGCUGGUGGUGGUGUUGACGGUGCUGGUGGGAGUGAUGGGAGUGGUGGUGAUGGUUUUGCUGAUGCUGUUGGAACCGUCUCAGGAACCGAAAUCAGAGGGAGGACUGGCAGGAAGAAGCAAGGAGAAGAAGGGGUGGGGGGAGCAGCAGGUGCGGCAGGCACAGGGGAACUCGGAAAACGAGAGAAGUCAGCAGCAGGAGUGGCAGGAGCAGCAGGAGUAGCAGGAGGAGGAGGGGGGUGCACACGAACAGCAGAGGGGGUGUCUGAGGCGGUGGCAACUGUGGGGUCAAAAGCAGCACCUGUGGAGGAUAGCCGUGGGGGAGGCAGUAGCAGCAGGCGGGGGGAGGGGGCUACUGGGGGAGGGUUUGACGGACUGGGGGGCAAUGGAGGGUCAACAGCAGCAGCAGCAGUAGCAGCAGAGGUGGCUUCAGGUGCUGCUGCUGGGACAGACACCCUGAGUGCCGGCCUCAGGUAG